GGAGAAUAAUUCUGCGAAGUAACAGGGAGAAGAAAAUAAAGGAAGAGAAGAAGAAGAAGAAGAAGUCAAUGGAAAGAAAUGGAUCGGAGCUUGACCUGCCGGGAUUCCGGUUCCACCCGACGGAGGAGGAGCUACUGGAGUUUUAUCUCCGGCGAGCCGCCAGCGGCAAGAAACUCAACUUCGACAUUAUUGGAACACUGAAUCUUUACCUUUAUGAUCCAUGGGACCUUCCUGCCAUGGCUAAGAUAGGAGAGAGGGAGUGGUACUUCUUCGUGCCAAGGGACCGGCGGCAUUCGAACGGCGGUCGGCCGAACCGGACGACGGAACGCGGGUUCUGGAAGGCCACCGGGUCGGACCGGCCCAUCCGUAGCGUUGUUGAUCCCCGCCGCCUCAUUGGCCUUAAGAAGACCCUUGUUUAUUACCGCGGUCGCGCUCCACGUGGCAGCAAGACUGACUGGGUUAUGAAUGAAUAUCGUCUCCCUUCCCUUCCUAACCAAUCUUCCGCUUCGCAGCCUUCCAAGGAAGAUAUAGUGUUAUGCAAGGUUUAUAGAAAGGCAACUUCGUUGAAGGAGCUUGAGCAUAGAGCGGCAAUGGAGGAGGAUAGUCGGGCCUCGCAUGGAGCCACAGUGUCGGCGACCUCUUAUGAUCAGGGAGAUGUGCAAAGCUUUGGCUAUAAUGAAGCGAUUAUGGAAAUGAAGGAGGAAACUGAGACAACAACGUCGACUGAAAUAUCAUCAUCAACGACGCAGUUUCGACCGCUGACGAUGCCUUUUCCCGUGUCAACUGAGACCUAUCAACGACCUACGAUUUCACUCGAGUCAUCAGCAGAUCAGGGGCAGCUAAACCCGUCGGCAAAAACUACGGCGAACCGACAGCUACCGAAACUGCCAGCGCUUCAAGUACCCAACCAUACGAGCUUUGAUUGGGUGCAAGACCCGUUCUUAAGCCAGCUAAGGAGUCCAUGGCUUGACCAAUGGUCACCUUUAUAUGCCAAUUUGCUAAACUUUUGAAUUCUGACACUUGGAAGAAUUUGGGGCGAUGGCGACUCUUUGUAUAUGUGAUUGAUGAUUGAUUACUCAAAGACAGCCGUCCGAUCUGUGGAGUCUUGUGAAUUCGUUAAUCAUUAUUCAUUGGGGAUGGGAAGGAGCUGUUGUAAUUUUAUUUUAUUUUAUUAAUUAUAUUUUCUUUGAGCUGCAGUUAUUUCAUCUUCGUGGUACACUUAUCAGCCAAAGGAUG